AUGCAUAUAUAUUGCUCUCGCGUGUGUGCGCACGGAGAUGUCGCCCGUCACUCCCCCUGUGCAGCUUACGGCACUCGCUCGUGGCCCUUCCUGUCUUUCGCUCCUUCUUCUACCCUUGUUCGCUUCAGUUUGGUGUGCAGCGCAUCGCCUUGUGCCUGCCGUCUUCUAGGUGCGUUGGUCGACACAACCAUUAGACGCUGUGAUAUAGACAAUCUGAAAAACGUGGAGACUGGUGAACGCCGAGGCACCACGCAGGGGCUGCGUCGGUUACCUUUCUUCUGCAUAUGGCAUGUCUGCGCCAUGACGAGUAACGCGACGCUGCCGCAUGCCGUUGCCCUCGCACAGGAGCUGGAGAUAGAGCUCCGGCACCUCGAUGCCCUUCAACAACACUACGCGCAGCUGCUCGUCCAUCAGCUGAGUAGCCUUGAUUUUCUCAGCGAGGGUGACGCUGCUACUAUGGUUGCUGCGAAGGAGCCUACCACGGUUCACAACGGGGGUCACGUAGCUGCUGAGGCUGAAGUGGUGGCCGUUGCCACUACCUGCAUCAAGCAGCCAUCGGCAGCGCCGCUGCCUUGGAGGCACCACGCCCACGACGCGGCAAGGGUUCGGCAACCACCCUUUCGGCACAGCGCUUGUCCUGUGCCUAGCACCAUUAGUAGCAGCUCUUCGCCUCUCCCACAACCUUUGGCGGCCACCCGUGUGCCACCGCCGCUUCCUCCACAACCAAAACGAAGUGGCAGAAGUGCCGUAAAGUCAGUGACGCCUCGACCCAACGCUGACAAGACCUGCAACGAUCUGCCUCGGCAGCAGCCUCAUGUCGCAGCUGCACCGGUGGUGCCCGUUUCAGCCAAAGAUGAGGCGGCACGACGAGCGCGACGGGCACUGCGAUUCAUUCGCGAGGAGCGGGAUGCCUACUUCAACGCGAAAGCCCGGCGUGCCGAGGAGCUGCUGCGCGAGGGGCGCGAAGCUGCGCGAAAAAACCGUGCGCGUCGGCAGGCUGACAUGGCACAGGCCCUCCCUAAGGCUGCAUGA